UCGACACCUCCCUAGGUAGUCACGCACCGUCUUAUGACAAGAAAAAGUGCACUCAUCCUCAGAAAAUUAGCUAGUUUCCUAGUCUUAAGUUCUAGCUAAUUGUUCCUUGAGUAGGAGUACACUUUUUCCUUUCAUACGUCUUGGGCAACGAUUAUUCCGUUCACGGACUCCGCGGAUCCACGACCAAGGAGAGCGAGUGCUCUGCGCGUCUCUUAUGCCGCAGACGAUGCUGGUGGAGGUGGUUUGGCGGAUGAUGGAGGUGGU